GAAAGAGAAGGGAAAAAAAAAAAAUGAGAGGAAAAGAAAAAAGAAGAAAAUAAGAAAAAGAAUAUCCGAAUUUGUGCGAAGCAUGAGGAUGAUAUCUACAAACAAACAUAGAUUAUAGGGUAGUUAAUUGAAGGAGCUGUUUGGCUGCAAAUUACAAAAUUAUUCCCAGAAAUGGCGAGAGUCUCCAUGACACGGUCCUCUAUCCCUUUCCUCAACUCCUCUCCUUCAGACCUUCGCCGAGUCAAUCGACACUCAGUUAUGGCUUUUGCGAGUUUGAAGAAGGAGACUUCGAGUCUCGGAGCGCGAGUUACAGAAGGCCAAGGCAAUUUACCCAAGGUUGUCCUCACUUCUCCUCACGGCAGUGAGGCUGAAUUAUAUUUAUUUGGAGGUUGCAUCACAUCCUGGAAAGUUUCCAACAAGGAUCUGCUUUUUGUUCGGCCAGAUGCUGUAUUCAAUGGGCAGAAACCAAUCAGUGGAGGUGUUCCACAUUGUUUCCCACAAUUUGGACCUGGCCCAAUGCAGCAGCAUGGAUUUGCAAGGAAUAUGAAUUGGUCAAUUGUUGAUUCUCAAGAUGUGGAAGGAAAUCCUGCUGUUACUCUAGAGCUUAAGGAUGGUCCAUACAGUCGUGCUAUGUGGGAUUUCAGCUUUCAAGCUAUGUACAAGAUCAUUCUUGAUGCAAAGAGCCUUUCAACAGAACUAGUGAUUACAAAUACUGAUAACAAGCCAUUUUCAUUUAGUACUGCCCUGCACACAUACUUUAGUGCUUCUGUAUCAGGUGCAUCUGUGAAAGGAUUGAAAGGUUGCAAAACACUGAACAAAGAUCCAGAUCCCAAAAAUCCACUGGAGGGUGAGGAGGAAAGGGAUGUGGUCACUUUCCCUGGAUUUGUAGAUUGCGUUUACCUUGAAGCCCCUAGUGAAUUACUCCUUGAUAAUGGUUUGGGAGAUAAGAUAACCAUCCAAAAUACAAGUUGGACAGAUGCUGUUCUGUGGAACCCGUUUCUUCAGAUGGAAGCAUGCUACAAAGAUUUUGUAUGCGUUGAAAAUGCUAAGAUUGGAAAAGUAGAGCUAGGGCCCAACCAGUCUUGGGCUGCUACCCAACAUCUAAGCGUUGGCUGAAGUGUAUCAGAGCAUUGCUCUCCAAGCAUGUAGAGUAAAAUUUUCCUUGCUUCGUAUUUUCUCUUUUCUGAAUACUGUUCAGAAGAGUUGGUGAAAAAGCAUGUAUCUAUACUGGCCAAUGCUAUAAAUUUUCUUUCUUCAUUUUUGGCUAAUGCAAAUAAUGUUAACACCA